UUGACGUUGCACAACGUCGAAGUGUGGGUUAGAUUGGAGACUCUAAAUUCGUCUGUAGGGCUUUUCCCCUCCCACUAGUUUGGCUGUCUCUCGUUUGGUUAACCUUGCUUCCAAAGCGGUAGGGCUUUUUUAUACAGCAUCAAUUUCUUAAACAUGUCUUGGCAAAGCUACGUGGAAAACCUGAUGGCCGAUGGCAGCUGUCAGGAUAGCGCCAUUGUUGGGUUUACGGACGCCAAAUAUGUUUGGGCAGCACAUGCCGGUGGUACUUUCAACAAUAUCACGUCUCAAGAAAUUGAUGUCCUUAUCGGUAAGGACAGGGAGACCUUUUACACCAGCGGUCUCACUCUGGGCUCAAAGAAGUGUUCAGUCCUCAGAGACAGCAUCAAUGACGACGGAGACUGGACAAUGGACAUCAGGACAAAGAGCCAAGGAGGAGAGCCAACAUACAAUAUCUCUGUCGGGAGAGCUGGAAAAGUAUUGGUUGUAGUCAUGGGAAAGGAGGCGAUCCAUGGUGGAAUUCUUAACAAGAAAGCAUAUACAAUGGCUGAGUACCUGAGGAAGUCUGGAUAUUAAGCAACCUCUCCACUCCACCCAUCCAUCAACUUAGCAGCUCACUCCCACUCACCGCAUUGUGUUGACACUACUUCCAGGAUUAGACGACAAACAAUGUUACUUCCUCCCCAGUGUACUUUUUAUACACAGCCUUUGUUUGCUCCCUCAUCCUCCUUUUGUUCCCCACUUUAACAUUGUACUUCUCAUGUUUUUUGGCACUACAGUAAUGGCAUGUUCAUUGAAAUGGUUUAAAUGUUUAUUAACCAAAGGAAUGUGCAAAAAAAAUUAUAGCAAAGUGUAAUAAAAGUGUACAACAAAUUUGGACUCGCCUUGUAUAACAUUCACUUAGCAAGUGGCUAAUACUCCAAGGGGAAGUACAAAUGUAAUGGUGGUGGCAGUUUGCAUAGUUUUGCUUUUUGAGCAUUACUAAGAGAUGCCGGGUUCUUUUUUGUUUUUGUUUUUUUUUCUCAUCAGCAUGUCUGCAUUUAAAAGUUGCAUGCAUACUCUUCAGUAUACAGAUCCCAGUCAUAUCCCCUCUCUGUUGAAGCGUUAUAUUCCAGCCAAAACCAUGUUCUCAUCUGCCUCCAUCUUCAAUUUUUCAAGCCUCCAUUAAAGAAAUUACAAAUUUCCUCUGACAAAGUCCUGUAUGUACAAAUUUGCCACCCUUCACAAACAACUUGUUUUUACCCUCCAUCACAUGCUUUUGCUGUUGUACCUGAAUGUGGUCUUAAAAGUUAAUGAUGUGGUGUUGGGCUGUUGUUUGAGUGUAGUGUAAGGUCAGCAUUGCUGAAGUCUCAAGAUAUCAUCAUGAUACUUCACCACAUCCUGGAGUCUCAGUGGACAUUCCGCCUCUGUGACAGCUCGGACAUUUGUCAGUCAGCUCCUGCUAUUUGUAAAUUUUUGCUGUAAAUCACCACACACUAAUGUUAUGUAAAGGGUUUUUUCCCCCCUCCCCUUCGGACCAAUUGUCAUAGAAGAGGAUUAUCAGAAUUGCUUCAGCUCAUUCUGAUAGUUGAUUGUUGGCAUCACCUGUUGACUGUAAAUCAUUAAGACAACUUCAGAUAAACAUUUAACUGCUUCUUUAGACUUAAACACUACUUAAACUUUUCAUCACUAAUUGAUUUGUUGCUAACUUCAUGUUCAUUAACCAAUGAAACAGCAAUGUCAUUUUACUACAGUAUGAAUGCAUUUUGACUGUAAACCCAGGCUGUUGGGCUCCAACACCUUGGAAUUAUUUGCCUUGUGCUUUAGUCAUCAAAGGUGUAUUCACAAAUUGUCAUAGUACGGUACUUAGAAGUAUAUUUAAAAGAAAAAAUGAUGCUGUGUACACUAAACAUAUUGAAAAUGGUGUUGGUUGGAAUAAGAACAUUUGUAAGUUGUCUUGUGAAAAUUUUCUGAGAAUAACUGUAUUCUGUGCCAUAAAAUCGAUCUGAUCUGUUGCUACUACGAGUUGGAUUUUUAACUGCUGCUCCAGCAAGAAGUAACUUUUAAUGGCACUUUCCUAAGGGAUAUUUUGGCAUCAGUAAUCUCCAGACUUUGUGGAAUAUGUACAGAAUUAAACUACAGAAAAAAACACGUUUGCAAUAUUUUGUCCUUUUUUUUUUUUUCUUUUUUUUUGAGUUGGAAAUUCCUUCCGCUACAAAAUCUGCUAUUUCAAAUGCCAUGAAUUGUUGAGACAUUUUGUUUACAGACAGAUCAAAUAAAAGUUAUUCCAACCAGA